AUGGGGGGUCCGGCGGGGCCCCCGCGCCUUCUCCACGCCCCGCACCCGCUGCUCUGCCUGCUCUGCCUCCUGCCGCCUCUGCUCAGAGUAAGUGCGGCCGGGCCCAGCCAGGCACCCAGAGACCAGCCCGUGUGGAUGCUACUGGAACAGUACUGCCAUGCAAUCAUGACCCUCACCAACCUCUCAGGUCCCUACUCCUACUGCAACACGACCUUGGACCAGAUCGGGACGUGCUGGCCCCGGAGCGCGGCCGGAGCUCUGGUGGAGAGGCAGUGCCCCGAGUACUUCAACGGCGUCAAGUACAACACCACCCGGAAUGCCUACCGAGAGUGCUUGGAGAAUGGGACCUGGGCCUCACGGAUCAACUACUCACAGUGUGAGCCCAUUUUGGAUGAUAAGAGGAAGUAUGACCUGCACUACCGCAUCGCGCUCAUUAUCAACUACCUGGGCCACUGCGUGUCUGUGGCAGCCCUCGUGGCUGCCUUCCUGCUUUUCCUGGCCCUGCGGAGCAUCCGCUGUCUGCGGAACGUGAUUCACUGGAACCUCAUCACCACAUUUAUCCUGCGAAAUGUCAUGUGGUUCCUGCUGCAGCUCAUCGACCAUGAAGUGCAUGAGAGCAAUGAGGUCUGGUGCCGCUGCAUCACCACCAGCUUCAACUACUUCGUGGUGACUAACUUCUCCUGGAUGUUCGUGGAGGGCUGCUACCUGCACACGGCCGUCGUCAUGACCUACUCCACCGAUCGCCUGCGCAAGCGGCUCUUCCUCUUCAUUGGAUGGUGCAUCCCCUGCCCCAUCAUCAUCGCCUGGGCCAUUGGCAAACUCUACUAUGAGAAUGAAAAGUGCUGGUUUGGCAAGGAGCCCGGCGACCUGGUGGACUACAUCUACCAGGGCCCCAUCAUCCUCGUGCUCUUGAUCAAUUUUGUAUUUCUGUUCAACAUCGUCCGGAUCCUAAUGACAAAGUUACGAGCAUCCACCACAUCGGAGACGAUCCAGUACAGGAAGGCGGUGAAGGCCACCCUGGUUCUCUUGCCCCUUCUGGGCGUCACCUACAUGCUCUUCUUCAUCAACCCUGGGGAGGACGAGCUGUCACAGAUCGUGUUCAUCUAUUUCAACUCCUUCCUGCAGUCGUUCCAGGGUUUCUUUGUGUCUGUCUUCUACUGCUUCUUCAAUGGAGAGGUGCGCUCGGCCGUGAGGAAGAAGUGGUACCGCUGGCAGGACCAUCACUCCCUCCGAGUCCCCAGGGCCCGGGCCGUGUCCAUCCCCACGUCCCCCACGCGGAUCAGCUUCCACAGCAUCAAGCAGACGGCCGCUGUGUGA